AUGGAGAUGGCAGAUCCACUUGAAGAGGAAGAUGAAGAAAUUGAAUCCACAGCCCAAUCUGCUACUUCUAUAUUUAAAGCGACAACGCCUACAACUACAAGUCAUGUCACAUUAAAACCCAAGCAACCAAGACUUGAUGAAAGUUUUGCUAAACAAAUAUCAUUUCAAAGUGGUUCAAAAGCGACUGAGUUGAAUAACAAACUCGUUUUUAUGUUAACGAAAGAUUACAUGCCUAUAAGAACAGUUCAAAAGGAAGGCUUUCAAGAGUUUGUCAAAGCUCUAAAUCCAUUGUAUAAACUCCCAAGCAGAAAAACUGUAACAGAUUUAAUAGAAGAAAAAUAUGAUUAUUUAUCAAAUCUUACAAAGGAAAGAUUAUCAACUAUUGAAUCAUUAUCUCUUACAACAGAUAUUUGGACUGAACCAUUAAACUCGAAAAGUUACCUGGGAUUGACAGCGCAUUAUUUGUUUGCCAAUAAAUGUAAGUCCAUCACAAUUGGCGUUCAAGAAUUAGAUGAGCGACAUACUUCCAACAAUUUAAAAGAUUGGCUAUUGAAUUUACUGGAUGAAUGGCGCAUAAAACGAGAAAAUAUUGUUGCGAUGAUUUCGGAUAAUGGAGCAAAUAUCAAAAAAGCAAUCAUAGAUAUUUUUGGUGCCGAUAAACAUAUUCCAUGUUUUGCGCACACGCUUAACUUGGUUCCCUCUAAAAUUAUUGAAACGGACGAACUUAUUAGUCCUCUGAUCAAGAAAGUUAAAACUAUAGUUACGUAUUUUAAAAAGUCAGUUUUUGCGUCAGAUCAAUUGCGAGUUUACAGCCAGUUGAAGCUGAUUCAAAGCAUAGAAACGCGGUGGAACUCAACAUAUGAUAUGUUGUUUAGAUUUAUGGAAUUAUCGGAUGCAAUCAGCCUCAUUCUUUUAAAGUGCACUACAGCACCUUCGAUGUUGACUGCAACCGAGUUGCAAACUGUAAAAGAAUUUACUGACUUAUUAAAACCCUUCGAAGAAGCAACAAAAAUAGUUUGUGGAGAAUCUUAUGUCACAGCAAGUAAAAUAAUACCUUUUAUCAAUAUAUUGAAAAGAAAAUUAGAAAUGUAUGUACCAGUAACGGACACAGCUAAACAUUUAAAGAAAACUUUAAUGGAAGGAUUUACCAAACGUUUUGAAAAUAUUGAGAAAGUGUCAAUUAUAGCUAUGGCAACACUAUUGGAUCCAAGAUUCAAAAAAAUUCAUUUUUUAGAUAAGAUUGCAUGUAGUCGAGCAAUUGAUAAAAUAUCGAAAAUGUUAUCAACUGAAGAAAAACAAAGAGACAAAGAACUACUUCCUGAAGUUGAAAAAAUCAAGAUAAUGGAAAAGAAGACUUUUGGGCAUAUCAUAAACAACUAG